AUGGACAUUGAGGAAGGAGAAACUCAAAAGAGCUUCUACAGCAAAGGAUCUGUUGUGAUGAUGGUCAUUCUCUCAGGUCUUGCUAUCGGUUCUGAUGGAUACAACGCCGCCGUCAUCGGAAACGUCGAGCUUUUGCUUGCCAUCCUCUACCCAGAAUCAUUGACAAGCUCGAUCUAUACCCGUCUCUCGAAUGCUUUCUUGAUAGGCAUGAUAGUAGGCAUGCUGAUGUUCGGUGUCAUUGCUGACCAACUUGGCCGAAAAACUGGCGCCGUCGCAACGACUGUUCUGCUUGUCCUCGGUAUUGUGCUAUCAACCGCGGCGAAGGGCACUGAUGAGACUGGAAUGUUCUGGAUGCUAAUCAUCGCUCGUGGCAUUGCUGGUGUCGGUGCUGGUGGUGAAUAUCCAGUCAGUGGAGCUGGUGCGACCGAAGCGACCGACGAAAGUGCAGGUAUGCGCAAACACCGAGGUUUCAUGUUUGCCAUGAUUGCGGAUCUAUCAGCUAGCUUGGGAUAUGUCUUCGGAGGCCUGGUUCCGCUACUGCUUUUACUCUGCGUCAACCAAAGAGAGGAUAAAUACGAUAUUGUCUGGCGUCUCAGCUUCGCUUUGGGUUUGAUCCCGCCUGUCUCGAUCUUCUGGUUCCGGUACAAGAUGGCUGUUUCUACUGCCUAUCGCAAAGCAUCAAUGAGGAGACAAAAGGUUCCAUACCUCCUGGCCAUCAAGCGGUAUUGGCGACCACUACUCGGAGCAUCAUCGACUUGGUUCUUGUACAACUGGAUCGCUAUCCCUUUCGGUAUCUUCUCUGGAACCAUUACAAACAGAGUUAACGCAGGAGGCUCGCUCAUUACCAAUCUCGGCUGGGGCGUUGUGAUCAACUGCUUCUACAUCCCUGGUCCCUUUAUCGGCGGCUAUCUCUCCGACAAGAUCGGUCGUCGCAAGACCAUGGCACUGGGCUUCGCGAUGCAAGCGAUAUUAGGUUUUGUAUUAGGAGGAGCAUAUCACAAGAUUGUACCCAUAUUCCCGCUCUUUGUGGUCAUGUAUGGCGUAUUUCUCACACUCGGCGAAGUGGGACCUGGCAGCACUGUCGUUCUGGCAUCUUCAGAAAGUUUUCCCACCGCAAUUCGUGGACAAAUGAUGGGACUCUGUUCGGCAAUCUCGAAGGCAGGAGCAGCGAUCGGAACACAGGUAUUCACUCCCAUCACUGCAAACGCAGGCGACCAAGGUGCCUUUCUGGUCGGCUCUGCGUUUGCUGUCCUUGGUGCUUUGAUAGCAUUCUUCGUCAUUCCAGACGUAGGGAGGAAGCUGGAAAAUGAAGACGAAGCCUGGAAGAGAUAUCUGGAGGAAAAUGGAUGGGUUGCUGAUUGGGGUGACAACGAAACACAAGAUCCCAAGGGCAUAGUCGUUAAUCAGCAUGUCUCAUGA